CUGGACAUACUACGAGGGAAAGGGGAUGGUUUCCGUUGAGACAGUUGAGAAAUUUCACGUUGCGAAUUGGAAGGUAACAAAACAUCACUACACUGUUUUUUGGAUAGUUUUCAAUCUAGGAAAAGACAAAUGUCCUAGUCUUAUAUGCACUAAUGUAGAAUCCUAACUGGUUUUCACUCCACAGACUCUAUGUAUGUUGGUGUUUGAGCUCACAACUUCAUUCCCAAGCAGAUAUGGCCCUCUAUCUACCCGUAUUGAACCAAUCUUUUGUUGUGAUAUUAGGUUCUGAAUACAACAUAAGUUUGAUUCAACCAUUAGUGAGACAAGUGUUUUUUUGGUUAAUUAACCAACAAAGAUGAGAUUGUAAGAAGAAGAGGUUAUCAACAAAAUAUUGGUAGAGUGAUGAGAUUCAGAGAGUUUAUGUUGUUUUUAUUUAUUUUAUAUGUUUUUUAUUAACUAACUCGCCAACUUGAACUAUCAUGAGUUAGUGAAAAGUCUGAAGUAGGGAUGGCAUAAUUUGAAUUCGUUUCACUAGGUAUCACCCAACUUGACCCGCGAUGGGGCAGACAUUACCCAUUCUGUUAUCACUAUUUUUCAUUCAUUAUGUAUUUUUUCCUUCGUUUCAUCGUAAAAAGUAAAAUUUUGCGUGAAUUUUUUUUCAAAUAACAUGUUACAAUGGGUUGACCCACCCUGCCUCAUACCCAUGUGAGUAUGACCCGCCCUGACUCACAGCAAUAUGAGGCAUGACAUGAAUAUUGAGGUAACCAACUCGCCACGCCCUGCCCCAUUGCUAUCACUAGUCUAAAGAAGUGACUAUUGUCUUAGUCUACACUUUCUGACAAAUUUGAUAAGAAUCAGGAUUCAGUGACCAAUUUGCUAAUCCCUCCAAUGUUUAGUGUCCGUUAGUGUAAAAAUGGUGAAAAUUCGCAAAUGGCGCAGCGGACCGGCAAGUAACCAAACGCUCGUAAAUGGCCAAGUCAGUUCAGUAAUCAGAGCAAAGCUUCUUCAACCGAACGUUCGCAAGGAAGCAGUGAUCGGAGAGCAAUGCGGUUUCAGUACCGAACUCUCGCAAAAGCGGUGCGGCGGCGCACCGCGAGCAGUAUUUCACCCCCGCCACAGCCGCCGCUCGUCCUCUCGCGAUCCUUCGCGCAUUUGUCGUCCCAGUCCGCGGAAAAGCGCAGGUCUCCUCCUCGUCGUAAUUUUGGCAUUGCGUUCGAUAUCGACGGCGUCAUUUUUCGCAGCGAAUCGCCAAUCGGCGGCUCCCCUCAAGCUCUCAAACGCCUCUACGACGAAGACUCCGGUGCCUUACGGAUCCCUUACGUUUUCCUGACCAAUGGUGGUGGUUUUCGCGAGUCUAUAAGAGCGUUGGAGUUGAGCACACUGUUGGGCAUUAAUGUUUCGCCAUUACAGGUACUACAAGGUCAUACUCCCUUUAAGAAUUUGGUGCAGAGGCUUGAGAAUGAACUUGUUGUUGCAGUUGGAAAAGGAGAGCCAGCUGCAGUUAUGUCUGAAUAUGGAUUCAAAAAUGUUGUCUCUAUAGAUGAGUAUGCAUCCUGUUUUCCUGGAAUUGAUCCACUUGCACCAUACAAGAGUUGGGAAGUUAAACAGGCUCCCAAACACGACGGUGUUUCAGAAGCCAGAACCUCAACAAACAACUGUUCACAACGAGUACAGGCUGUGUUUGUUGUCAGUGAUUCAAUUGAUUGGAGCAGAGACAUUCAGGUUCUCUGUGACAUUCUAAGAACUGGAGGUCUUCCGGGAAGGGAGAUUGGACACCAGCCACAACUUUAUUUUGCUCAUGAUGACCUUGCAUAUCAGGCUGCAUUUCCUUCAGAACGUUUUGGGUUGGGAGCUUUCAGAAUUGCUCUAGAAUCCAUCUUCAACAGAAUUCAUCAUGAUCCUCUUAGUUAUACGUGUUACGGGAAACCAAAUCCAUUUGUGUUCAAGAAUGCUGAAGCUGUGCUAAAGCAAUUGGUUUCUUCUCACCCCGACAGUGGACUAGCACCUGAUAAUGCAAGUACCGCAGUGCAUAAUUUCGAAAGACUAUAUAUGGUAGGAGAUAAUCCAGACGUUGACAUCAAAGGCGCACGACAGGCUGGAUAUCCUUGGUUCUCAAUUUUGACUAGAACUGGGGUUUUCAAGGGAACCGGAAACCAUGACAAGUUUCCAGCUGACUUGGUUGUGGAGACUGUAGAAGAGGCUGUAGAUUACAUUAUAAGAAAGGAGUGCAGCUGACACCAGGCUCAGUUCUGAAACAAGUCUUUUUCAAUCGACAUGUCUUGCAAAAACAGAGGAGAAUCAGUACUCAGGUGAACAAGAACCAUAUUGCAUCACCCUCUGUGGCUUAGAUUUUGAAGAUGCUUUUAGAAUACAUUAUAGCACAAAGGAACUGUUCAGGUGCUUAUUUUCUUAAUUGGUUGUGUUUUAAAAUCAGCUGUCAAUGUACUCAGCGUUAUUAUAUCAAAUUUCUUGGGUUAUUAUUAUUGAGUUCCUCGGACAAUGGAAAUUAAUCCAAGUCACAAUAGUGUCUUUUUUUUUUCUUUUUUUUUUUUUACAAUCACAAUAGUGUCUUAUAGUGUCCAUUAUUGGUCAUAAACUAAUAAUGGAGCUGGAAGCUUGGGAUCAAGCAACGAAGGAUUUAUGUAAAUUAUAAAUCUAGGGUUUGGACGCCUCGUUGGCCGUUGCUUUAUUUUAUUGAUUUACAUGUCAAUUAACCAACAUAAGUCAUAAAGUAUUUUGUGGCGCGAAUUUCACUUGUAUUUCAACUUCAACCUUCGUUAUCUUACACAUUUACAAUGAUGUUUUUGUUUCAUUAUCUUGUUAAUUCAUUUGAUUAAGCUUUGGACGUGCAUAACGUGUAAAUAACUUAACUAAACAAUUGUUACAAAGAAAACCAUAUUAUGAUCACUUUAUGGUUUAUAUUAGUGGCUCUAUUGGUGUCACUCAACUCUUAAAAGUAUGUAAUUAUACGUAAAUUUUAUAAUAAAUCUGAAAAAUAGAGUAGUUGGUGAUAUUUUAGUCUCUUUGUCAAUUACCAUAGCUCAAAUGCCACGAGGGUAGAUUUUUUAGCCCUCUCUUUCAGGUUUCUUUACCAACCAAAAUAGUCAUGUUAAAAUUGAUUUACUGUACCAAAAUGUCGCCAAGAAAUACAUGUCAGUUCACUCAACAACCUCUGAAGAGUGGUCAAUUGAGGGUGGUUUGCUUGUCGGAUUUGGCAUUCAAAUAUCAAGCAUUAUGUAUUUGAUAAAAAAAAAACUAUUGUUUGUUGAGGUAUACAAAUAUGUUGGCUCAGGGAUUUGAAAUUUUUUUAGCUUAAAAUUCAUGGACCCCACGUAUUUGCAAAUACCACAUUAUGGAAGACAAAUUUUUGGGACCCAAAUACCAAAUGAACUAAAUCCAUGAUAAAAAUUCAACUAAACAAACAAUGUUAUCUUUC